UCUCCAACAGUCACUUUGACGCCGCAGCACCCAGUCAUGCACAUACACAGGCCUACAUAAACACACAUAGACACACAUGCACACAGGCCGCCAUUCACACACACACACAAAUUCCCAUAUGAUCAGACCCCGGAGACCAAAGAGACUAAAAGGCCGUAAUAAAUGACGCAGAGAGAAUAAACCUGAAGAGAAAACGGACCAGGACUCUAAGAAUUGGGAAGAAUUUAGGGCCAAGCAAAGGGAACAUUUUGGCCUUCUGGGUUGCUGUUGCCCCGUAUCCAGUGGUUUAAGAGGCAUUUGAAGAAAGGUUGGUCUGCGUUAGGAGGCGUCAUACCGCAACCAUGGACGGGGAGGAUGACAAGAACUCGGUGGAUAUCCAUGAUAACCCCCCAGCGCCUGACAACUUUGUGAGGGAGGAAGGUGACACUGUCUACUUCAUCUACGAUGAGGAGGUGGAGGUGGAGGAGAAGGAGCCUGAGCCUCCCCCCGAGCCGGUGGUCAUGAUCAAUGACAAACCCCACAAGUUCAAGGACCACUACUGCAAGAAGCCCAAGUUCUGCGACGUCUGCGCGCGCAUGAUAGUCCUGAAUAACAAGUUUGCUCUGAGGUGCAAGAACUGCAAGACCAACAUCCAUCACUCGUGCCAGUCCUAUGUCGAGUUCCAGAAGUGCUUUGGUAAAAUUCCUCCUGGCUUCCGAAGGGCCUACAGUUCGCCCCUGUACAGCAGUGACCAGCCAGACCCAUCCAACACCAACCGUAACGACCCGGUGUUCGACACGCUGCGUGUCGGUGUCAUCAUGGCCAACAAGGAGCGCAAGAAGAACGACAAUGACAAGAAGAAUAUGAUGAUGAUGAUGGAGGAGGAGGAAGAGGACGGUGGGCAGCCCAAAGAGAACGACGAAGGGGGGGAAGGAAAACCGGAAGACCAGAAGAAGGAGAAGGGAGGAGACAAGGCGGAUGAGAAGAGUAAGGGAGCAUUCUCCCAGUCUCAUUACUACCUGGCCCUGUACCGCUUCAAGGCCAUAGAGAAGGAUGACCUGGACUUUCACCCCGGUGACCGCAUCAUAGUGCUUGAUGACUCCAAUGAGGAGUGGUGGAGGGGGAAGAUGGGGGAGAAGACGGGCUACUUUCCUACCAACUACCUGAUUAAAGUGCGAGCUGCGGAAAGGGUGUACAAGGUGACACGCUCCUUUGUGGGGAACAGGGAGAUGGGACAAAUAACAUUGAAGAAAGACCAGAUCGUGGUGAAGAAGGGAGAAGAGAAGGGGGGAUACCUGAAGGUCAGCACUGGACGCAAACUGGGCUUCUUCCCAGCCGACCUACUGGAGGAGAUCAUCACCGUGCAGUAGAGGCCGCUAUAGGGCUGGGCCUUACAGAUCUACUCUACAUCAAAACAUGAUCAUAACAUGUUUCUUUCCUUUCUUGCAUGUGAUGUCAUCUAUAGUGAGCCAGAGCGAAUCAGAUGAUAUAGUGGUCUGGGCGUUGGACUCCCAGCCUUAUACAGUAAUUGGUCUUGUAUAAUGUUCUAGUUUAUGGCCCAGUUUAAGUACUUUAAUCUAGAUGCUUGCAUAGAGUAAUUUAUGAAUAGAUAAACGUUUCAUAGUUUUAUGUAGAGAUGUAAUAUUAAAAUAGAAUUUGGUUUUGGAUAUUUGAUUUGAGGCUAGCCUAACUUGGGGACGAGGGCUUUUUUUCAAUGUACUAUUCUUUUUAAAUGUAAAGUAUUAGAGCAAAGUAUAUUUAGAGCAAAGUAUAUUUUCAUAUUGAAUUUGUCUAGCAUAAAAUAGAUAUAGAUAGAGGCUUCUAAUAAAAUCAUCAAGCUAAACAUUAAGUUGAUGUUUCAUUGAAAAUAUAUCGUAUUUUUACAGGAUUAUAAAAGGAGAUACUUUUCUCAUGGUCUGGAACACACAUUUUAAAGACAUAAUGUAUGUUACAAUCUAAAUAUACAAUCACUUGUAUCUCAUUAAAGUCUAAGGUUUGCACAAAGUAAAA